CAUCAGAUUCCAUUGACAUUUCUGGAGAAAAAAUCAUCCAGAGUUCGAAAAAGCGGCACGCCGCUGUUGCUCACCUGUAAGCUGUAGUAAGAGUAACGUGCAUCAUUAUGCUCAGAAAAAUAUUUCUGUUUAGGAUGACAAAAUAACACUGGAAUUACAAAGACUUCCGAUACGUAACGCUAAGGCCGUUAAAAGAUUCUAUUACCAUUGUAACAAAACAUCGCUUUCGGAACACAAACAGACCAUGUUAAAUUCACAUUUCUGUUUGCGGUUUUAAUAAUCUACUUCUAAUCUAUGAAUUAAAAAUGCCGAAAGUACGUAGAAGUAAGAAACCUCCUCCGGACGGUUGGGAAUUGAUCGAACCAACGUUGGAGGAAUUAGAACAGAAAAUGCGCGAAGCCGAGACUGAACCUCACGAGGGCAAACGGAAACAAGAAUCAUUGUGGCCCAUAUUCAAAAUCCAUCACCAAAAAUCAAGAUACAUAUAUGACUUGUAUUACAGGCGAAAAGCAAUAAGUCGUGAACUGUAUGAUUAUUGCCUGAAUGAGAAUAUAGCAGACAGAAAUUUAAUAGCAAAGUGGAAGAAAGUGGGAUACGAAAACUUGUGCUGUUUGCGUUGCAUACAGCACAGAGAUACUAACUUUGGCACAAAUUGCAUUUGCAGGGUACCUAAAGGCAAACUUGAAGAAGGUAGAAUAGUAGAAUGUAUCCAUUGUGGAUGCAGAGGAUGUUCUGGAUAACAUUUGAUGAUAAUUGUAAGUAUAUAAUUUCAAUAUUUGUAAAAAUUACAAAUAUGUGUAAUGCUCCUACUUUUAUAUAAUUGCAAGUUUCUUACAUUUGAAUUUACUGUAUAACUAACUGAAAGAUUAUUCUGAAUAGAAGAUGCAGUAUUUUUUUAA